UUUCUACAAAUCUGAUAAAGAGACAAACUCAUUGACAUCUUGGGUGGCCUGAGGAUGAGCGCAUUUUUAGCAGAUUUCAUUUCCGUGUGAACUAUUCCUUUAAACACUAUGUUUUUCUUCUUUUAGUGUGUUCAAACCGAACAGGAUGAGGAAUCGAGGUGUGUAAUCUCAGCAUGUUUCUCUCUCACACACAGUCUUCGAAAGCCACGACAGACCGCAAAUUAUUCCCUAAGCCUGCUGGGUUUGAGGGGGAACCCAACAUGUGCGACCCAUCGGAGAAGGGAAAUCUGACUCAGGAUCUGGAUUUGGGUCACGCUCAAGCCGAGUGCCUCAUCGGUGGGGCGGAUGCAGAAGAAACAUCGUCAGCUCUGUUGUCCAGGAACACGGCCAUGACUCGGUUUGAGGGAAAAGCACUUGGCAUGGAUAAAGCCAUCUUACACAGCAUUGACUCCUGCGCCUCGGAUGAAACGAAGCGUAAGAUGUACAGCUGUAUUCUGGUAGUUGGUGGCGGGCUGCUGUUUGACGGAGCGCAAGAGUUUCUGCAGCAUCGCGUCCUCAAUAAGAUGCCUCCAUCUUUCCGUCGUCUGGUGGAGAACGUCGAUGUCAUCACACGACCAAAGGACAUGGAUCCUCGUGUGAUAGCGUGGAAGGGUGGAGCCGUGCUGGCGUGUUUGGACACCACACAGGAGCUCUGGAUUCACCAGCGAGAGUGGCAGCGCUUCGGUGUGCGGAUGCUCCGUGAGCGGGCCGCCUUUGUCUGGUGAUGUCUUCGUGACGUGGAUUUAAUCUGCUUGUUUUUAUUUUUGGGCAUGUCAGUCUGGCAGUAUGAUGCUAUUAACAAUGUAAAGGUUGAACAAUCAUCUUGCAAAUAAUUUGUUUAGGAUGAUAAUAAAUUGAAUAGCUGUUUAUGAAAAAACCGUGGCUGUUUUCAUAACUAUUAAGCAUUUUUGUAUAAUUUUAAAUUUUCUCAACUCUAACCAGGGAAAAAAAAA